CCCGGGUGACGGCGGGAGGCGGGGCCGGUAACCGUGGAGCUGUUGUUGCUGCAGGAAAGUAACGGAAGAGCGGGCAGAGUGUUGUCCUUGCGGUUCUGGUUCUGAAUGUUGUGGCGCUGAGGUUGAGAUCUGGACAGAUAUGAAGCUAAAAUGAUUAUGUGCAAACAGCAUUGGUUCUUGGUUUGAAGAUGCCUACAGUAGAGAGUGAGGCUAAAGUGAGGACCAAGAGCCGUUUUGAUGAAGUCUUCCAGAGUUAUGUUGCCCUUGCAGAGGCAAAGAAGACAAGAAAGAAGAAAACUCCUAAAGAAGAACAUGUUGUACUUGAAACAUUCAGACAUCCACUCCCCCCUGCCAUUGAUCACGUGCAAGAAACAUUAGAAAGUGGUUCAUACAUCGUAGAAGAUGAUCAUCCAAGUAUUACAAGGAAAAAAGCCAGAGAAUUGCUGUGGGAAAGUGAAGAAGGUGGCAAUGAAGUUACCAAAGAGCUCAAGCAUGUAAAAUCUGUAAAGAAGAAAAAAAAGAAAGCUGGUGUGGUAGACAAAAGCAGUCCUAGUGACCAAAUGGGAAAACCAGACUUAGUAGAGGAAGUCAAUGCUAGUAACAUCUCAAACCUCAAGGGACAACAAUUUAUACAUUCUGAGAUAAUGGUGGAGACCACUUCAGAACAUCUUAGCGCUACUGAGUUUCAGGAUGAGAAUCAACUUCUGGAGGAUUACAGACUUAAAGUUUCCCAGAAGGAGACCGAUGAAAUCAAAGAGAAGAUAAAGAAGAAACUAAGCACUCAUCUUUUCAGCAGCGACGACCAACAACAUCUUCUACCAAAUGGGACUGAAAGGAAAAAGAGGAGGAAGAAGAGAGACUUGGUGGAAACGGAGCCAGAAACCAGUGUUAUGUCCCUAUUGGAAUUGCAAGCCACACCAGCAGAAAUACAUGAUCAGCCUCAGUCAGACGCAUCUCCAUCUAACGCUGAUGUACAUGAAGAGGUUCCUAAAAUAGAAGGCAGGAAAUCUAAGAAGUCAAAGACAGGUAUCCAAAGACUUGACCCAAGAGAAGACAAUGUAGAUAAAAGCAGCCCUAGACACAUGUAUGAUGACAGCCUGGUGUUGGGACUACAUAUUCAUCGCUCUGACAAACUCAAAACUGAUCUCAUGGUAUCUCGGCCCUUGGUGAAGGUUCAUGUCAUUGAUCAAAGAACAGGCGAAUAUGUCAAGAAAGAGACAAGCUCUGAUGCAGUUUCAUCAUUUGAUGACCAAGAAAGAAAUGAGUAUGUUCUUCCCAAGUUUACACAGCCAUAUGACUACAAGCGGAUGAAAACAUUGGUUCCUGAGUGGGAUGAACAAAUCAUAUUUAUGGAGAGUUUCACACAUUUUUUGCAUAUGAAGGAAGACCACCCUAAUGUUGUCAUAUUCUUUGAGAUCCUUGAUUUAUCACACGAAGAAGGUUUUAACUCCAACUCGGAUAUUGAAAUAAAGGAGAAAGGAUUCCAAAAAAUUGCGUGGGCUUUCCUAAAGAUUGUUGGUGCCAAUGAAGUUCUCAAUGUAGAUAAAAAAUUACGCCUUCAACUUUAUUACCCUCCUUCCAGAGCUAGGGUAGCUUCCAGCACUCAUGUCUACGAAUGGUGGCUAAAAUAUCCCAGAAACCGUUACCCAUCUACUCUUUAUGUAUCUGUUAAAGGCCUAAAGCUACCUGAUCAUGUAAACCAAAAUUACAGUAUGGCUGCCCAACAGGAAAACCUAAACUCUGACCUUCAGAAUGACAGUGCUAUGACGGAAAAUAAUUCAGCCGACUCUAGACAGAAAAAGGAACCUUUCAAGUGGACUCGACUGCCUGGUCAGGCUUGCCGUAUUCCCAACAAACAUUUUUUGUCACUUCGAGGUGGACACAUGGGGUGUUUCUCAUUGUGUUUUUCUCAUGUUGGUAGAACAUUGGCUGCAGCGUGUGCUAACAGAGAUGGUUAUCCGAUAUACUUAUAUGAAAUUCCUUCAGGUCAGUAUCUCAUAGAGCUUCAUGGUCACCUUAAUGUUGUCUAUGACCUUUGCUGGUCCAAAGAUGAUCAGCAUUUGCUAUCUGCUUCUUCUGAUGGUACAGUAAGACUUUGGAAAAUUACAAAUGAGGCUUCAUCUGCCACAAAAGUAUUACCUCACCCUUCCUUUGUAUACACAGCUAAGUUUCACCCCAUGUCCGAUCAGCUAGCUGUGACUGGAUGCUAUGAUGCAGUCAUAAGAGUGUGGAAUGUAAAGGUUAAGGAGAUCUAUGGUCAUCUACUACAGGAGUUUGAUGGCCAUAAAAGUUUUAUUAAUUCGCUUUGUUUUGAUGCAGAAGGACUUCACAUGUUUUCUGGAGACAGCUCAGGACUUAUAAUCAUGUGGAAUACAAGCAUCAGCCGAGGUCCUAAACAGAACCCUGUUGAGCUCUGGGGAAUAUUAAAGGAAAUAAAAGAAACUGAAAUGAAAGGAAUAGCUGUGAAUCACUUACAAGUCCAUCCAAAUGGAAGGCGUUUGUUAAUUCAUACAAAAGACAGCACCGUUCGAAUUAUGGAUCUUAGAAUACUAGCUGCAAAAAAAUAUAUCGGAGCUACAAAUUACAGAGAAAAACUUCACAGUGCCUUUACACCAUGUGGAACAUUUGUCAUAGCAGGUAGUGAAGAUGGGGCUGCAUAUGUGUGGAAUGCUGAAACAGGAGAUCAAGUAGCAAAGUAUACAGAGCUCUCAUAUACAGCCCCACUUCGAGAUGUGGCCUUUCAUCCUCAUGAACACAUGGUAGCAUUUUGUGCCUUUGGGCUUAGCCAGCCAAUUAUUGUAUACAUUUAUGACUACAAGGUUGCCCAACUUGAAGCUGAAUCAGUGCAAACUUCUAUUGAUGCAAAUGGAAAAAAUAGGUCAGAUACUUUUACAUUUCAAGAUUCUGUAAUUGCUGCAAAAUCCUCAAUGCGAAUGAUGAAAGUGAAGCAGAAAUUGGAUUCUGUUUUGAGUGGAUCCAAUGGCUUCCAACCAGCCCCUUCUUUGUUGUCACCUCAUUCUAAAUUGAGGCUUACGGGCACAUCCAGCACACAGUUACAACCUCUUGGUACCAAUACAUAUGGUGGUUUCAGCCCAGUUGGACAGUCACUUAGUCGGACACCAUCAAUCAAACUGAAAAUGAGUAAUUCAGAAGCAAAGGUUUCUUCACUUCAAAUAGAAGCUGACAGUAUUCUACCAAUACAAGAGACGGUGGUAGCUCUAUACGACUACACAGCACAUCGAUCAGACGAGCUAAGCAUCCAUCGUAGUGACAUUAUCCAUGUGUUGUACAAAGAUAAUGAUAAUUGGUGGUUUGGCAGUCUACAGAAUGGACAACAGGGUUACUUUCCAGCAAACUAUGUGGCUGCUGAAAUCCAGCAGGAGUAUGACCACCCUACAACAUCCAAAUCAUAUUAUCCUGUUUCCCAGGAACAUUUAGAGGCAGAUCAUUCUGACCAUACUUCUCUGAUGAUGUCAGCAGUCCCCAGCAAGUCAAAGGAUCUGAAAUUUAUGUCACAUCAUGACACAGAUGUGGGCUCACCUGUGACACCUGGAAAAAGGCAAGAAAUGAGGCAGAUGAGACAGUCACCUGACUGUACUUCACAGUCUGUGGAUUUACCGACAAGAUUUUCCCCAUUUGGUUCCAAUGAUUGUGAUCUACCAAGGCAAGACAGCAUUGUUAAACCGAAAAAGAGCUUGAAAAAAGUCACCACUGUUGGAAAAACAAACAUUGCUUUUCAGCCAGAUAAGUAGGAUGCAGAAUGACCUAACGCUAGAAAGAGAGCAGUAGUAAUUUUUAGCCACUGCUAAAAAUUACUGGUAAAGUCUAGAAUGAAAGAAAUGUAGGACAUAUAAGAUCAUAUUAUUUUUUUAAUUAAAUAUAAUAAUAGUAAUAAUCUGCGCUGAAUGCUUCUACUCAGCAAAAAGAGUCCCCAAAACAGGCAUAGUUCUCAUCUACAUUGCAGUGUAUUGCAUGGACUGAGAACAGCACCUGAGGAUGAAGCUUGAAACUCACUAUUUUACAUUUCUACCUUUACAUUUCUACAAUACCUUAGACUUGUGUCUAAGGGGACUAGUGAGCUAUCUGGCUAUUAAAUACCUAAUUUUUAUUGUGAAAUUAUGAUGCUGGACCAUCUUUCCAUGGAACUCUAAAUUGUGCUUUUCCUUUUUCAGGAGAGAUGACGGGUUCUCAUUGAUUCCUAUAGGCCAACAGUGUUUUUGCAACAUUUGUUUACUUAAAGUGUAACUAUCAUUAUAUUUUUUUAUUGACAAAAUGUAAAUGAUUUUAAGAAGAUCCCCCAAUGUAUUUUAAUAGGCUAAUCUAUUUCCCACCGCUCUAAAUAACAUGCGUACAGUAGUAAAUUCCAAAUGUACAAUUGCUUCCCUGCAGCAUGCCUUUGCUCUCAAUGCUUGAUACAUGGGUAGUCCAUAGUUAAGUGGACAAGGCAAAAUUGAAAUUGCAAGGUGAUAAAGGGCUACCUGAUCUAUGGCUUUACCAUGUAGCAGCAGUCCUGACUCAUUUUUAGAUUGGGCACACAAUGGCUCUCCAAAGCUUUGGGAAUUUAAUCUUUUUGUCUGGUUGCUCUGGUUCAAGCACCGUGGUUAGCUAGUUCUGAUAGGGAGGGUAUGUCUGGUGGACCCUACCUGGUCCUGUAUGCUGUUUGUGUUUGAGAUAGUUGAGUACUAAAGUUUGGUAUUUUUUGUCAUCCAAGGUUGAUGAUUCCUCUGUCAGAAAUUCUGCCUUCCUGCAGGGUCAGUUGGCUAGGUCCUUCGUGACCUUGGAUCACACCUCUGGGCCUAGGCUGAAGUAGAUAAUGAUGGAAAACUACUGUCUUUUAAAAGUUUAUGUGGCUAUGGCCUGCCAGAUGUCUUUCUUGGUAAGAGUGCAGACAGUUUCUCUCCUUUGUGGGGGCCUCCCUGGUGCUUUGUUUCUCUGGCCACACACUUGCAUUAUUUGAUCAUUCGUUUCCCUCCUCUAGUGUGUGGUUGUCGGCUCUCUUGAGACUUUAUGGCUUACUUCUAUCUCAGCAGUCCAGCUAGAGCCUCACUCUUUUGCGCUUGGUAGCAAGAAGUCAGUAUGUCCUCUGAAAAUUUGUAGAUGUAUCAAUAGGAUGUUAUUGGCAUCCCACACCAAAGAGAAAAACUACAAAAUCAUCUCAUGAUGGUAUUGGGGUCCUACAGUGGGACAGUAGUCUCCGAUUACUGUUUGUGCUGCUGCUAAGGGGAAGGCAGCAUGCGUCAAGUCUGAUGGGGCUGCAACAACAUCAAAGCAUUCUGGGGGACGUAUUCUCAGUAUCUAUCAACAAUUUUCAGGUAAACACAUUUCCAAAAUUCCACAGUUGGUCUUGCUCUCCCUUCUUCCAGAUAUCUUAGUCUCUCUUGAAAAACAGUAUGCCUAAGAACUUUGCUGACUCUUGACUAGUGAUCCUUCAACACGGUUGGUCCCCAUAUAUCAUUUAUUGGUUUGCUGAAUUGAAGGUCAGAAUAAUUUAUAGGAGAGUAAAAUUAAUCUGAGGCAUUUCUAAAGCUUUGGAGUGCAUGGCUCAUGUUAUUUUGAAGCCCUGUUGUGUUAAACUAGUCCCCUGCUCACUUCUGCAUUGUGGUGCGUUGGAAGGGCUCACUGUUCCUCCAUAAUGGAGGAGGGCCCCUCCCAAUGAUUUUCCUUUUUUUUUUUUUUUUUUUUCUUUUUUUUUUUUUUUACUGUUACUGCUUCUCGCUACCAUGGUAUAGCAUCCCCUUAUUCCCUCUAUGUUUUGUUCCUUUUAGUCUUUUCUAGCUGGGGUCUAAACUAGACCCCUACUUGAUAUUUGUUUUGCUCUCUUUAUGCUAAAAAACUAAUUACACCUAAUCUGCAGUUGCUGUGCUGUGCCUGUACACAGCAGAUGAGCGCAGGCAGCAGCAGAGCUGUGUUGUGUUUCCACUGCUUCCCAGGGCUCUAUCUUUUUAAAUAGCUUUACCUGAUGCUGUACCCAAUAAUAGAGACAAAGAGCAUCAAGUUAAGCAUCAGGUGAAAUUAUUAAGAGAAAGAGAGCACUGGGAGCAGAAAGCGCACAGUGCAGCCCUUUUACUGCCCAUUCAAAGCUACUGUGUACGGGCACAGCAGAGCUGGUGCAAGUAUUUUUGCCACCCUAGGCAAAAGCUAUCUUUGCCUCCCCCUUGACUCCGCCCAUUGGACUGCCCUUUGACACGCACCACCUUACUUCUAUGGCAACACACUGUAACAAGCCCCCUCCUGCUGUAAUUAGCGUACUACUGGGGUUACACACAGUAACAAACCUCCUCCUCAUGCUGCUGGCUGGGCCAGUGGUUCGGAUGCUGGUUGUCUUACUUUCUUACGGCAGGCAAACCCCCCCCCCCCAUCAAGAGGGUGCUCUAGGCGUCUACCUAUUCUGCCUAUAGGAAGAGCCGGCCCUGGGGCACAGCAUUAGCAACUGCAAUUCAGGAAUGGCGAUGGGGGUGACAGUUUAAGCACCAUCUUUGAAAAGAAGAGGACAGAUUAGCCUAAUAAAAUACAUUAAAAAUCUCAAAAUCAUUAACAUUUUGUAAAUAAAUAAAAGGUAAUUAUAAUGAGAGUUACACUUUAAAAGAUACCAAAUAGUGACUACAGCUUAUUGAGACAGAUCUAGAUUUUAGGUAGAUCAUAGGUGUUCUGAUGAACUAACAUUGUCCACUCAGGAAGCAACACUGAUUGACAAUCAAUUUCACAUGCUGUUGUGCAAAUGGAACAGACAACAGUUGGAAAUUAUAGGCAAUUAGCCAGACACCGCCAAUAAAGGAGUGGUUCUGCAGGUGGCGACCACAGACCACUUCUCAUUUCCUAUGCUUUCUGGCUGAUGUUUUGGUCACUUUUGAAUGCUUGCAGUGCUUUCACUCUAGUGGCAGCAUGAGAUGGAGUCUACAACCCACACAAGUGACUCAGGUAGUGCAGCUCAUCCAGGAUGGCACAACAGUGCGAGCUUUGGCAAGAAGGUUUACUGUGUCUGUCAGGGUAGUGUCCAUGGAGGUGCUACCAGGAGAUAGGCCAGUACAUCAGGAGAUGUGGAGGAGGCCUUAGGAGGGCAACCCAGCAGCAGAACCGCUAACUCCGCCUUUGUGCAAGGAGGAGCAGGAGCACUGCCAGAGCCCUCCAAUAUGACCUCCAGCAGGCCACAAAUGUGCAUGUGUCCACUCAAACGGUCAGAAACGGACUCCAUGAGGGUGGUAUGAGGGCCCGAUGUACACAGGUGGGAGUUGUGCUUACAGCCCAACACCGUGCAGGACAUUUGGCAUUGGCCAGAGAACACCAAGAUUGGCAAAUUCGCCAAUGAUGCCCUGUGUUUUCACAGAUAAAAGCAGGUUCACACUGAGCACAUGUGACAGAUGUGAUAGAGUCUGGAGAUGCCGUGGAGAACGUUCUGCUGCCUGCAAUAUCCUCCAGCAUGACCGGUUUGGCGGUGGGUCAGUAAUGGUGUGGGAUGGCAUUUCUUUGGGGCGCUGCACAGCCCUCCAUGUUCUUGCUGGAGGAAGCCUGACUGACUUUAGUCCAGGUCUGGGAGGACAUCCCUCAGGAGACCAUCCGCCACCUCAUCAGGAGCAUGCCCAGGCAUUGUAGGGAGGUCAUACGGGCACGUGGAGGCCACACACACUACUGAGCCUCAUUUUGACUUGCUUUAAGGACAUGACAUCAAAGUUGGAUCAGCCUGUAGUAUGGUUUUCCACUUUGAUUUUGAGUGUGACUCCAUAUCCAGACCUCCAUGGGUUGAUAAAUUUGAUUUCAAUUGAUAUUUUGUUGUCAGCACAUUCAACUAUGUAAAGAUGAAAGUGUUUCAUACAAUUAAUUCAUUUAUUCAUAUCUAGGAUGAGUUAUCUUAGUGUUCCCUUUAUUUUUUUGAGCAGUGGACCUGAGGUCCAUGUUGGCCAAGAUCGGAAAGAAUCAAUUGGGAUGAGGCACUCUCCUGCUAUCUCAAUAUUUUUAUUCCAACACUUCACUUUUACAUCAACAAUUUUAGGCAUCAAUACUCAGAGAAUUUCUGUCAUUAAAUCUACUCAUAAAAAUACUAAAACUAUGUAUAUUUAUUAUAUUAUAUGUAAUAUAUUUUGUGAUUUACUUCAGUGUUAAAAAGCAUUUGUAAAUUUUAUUGACGUUUUUUCACUGAUAUUAAAAAAUAUGCACUUUAUUUUAGAAUUAAUUUAUGUAUUUAUAUCUUUUGAUGAAGAAUAGUUUUUAAUGAAGGACAUUUUUUUUGUGAAAGUGUUUUACCAAGUUAAAU